AUGCCGUUCAUUAUAAGGGGAAGAGCCCUGAGGGGGGCACAGUAUGCCAGCAACAAAACGACCACUCCCUCCACUGCCUCGGCCCUCUGGUCGGAAAGCAACACCCGCCUGCACCAGCUCCAUCCACCAGAGCAACUGCAGGCUCCGGCCAGCACCGGCAAGCCAGUCGGCACCUCUUAUGGCCUCCUUGGGGUUAACAGUGGCAAUCAGGGUCACGUUGGCACUGACACCAGUGUCAGCCCAGUCCUCGCUUGGCACGCCGCCAUUAGUGCUGCUCGCCAAGCACAGGGCGACUCUGCAAAGCCUGACACGGACUCACGGCCCUCAGUUUGCACCACUGGUCCAGCUCCUGUAGGCUCACUGGCGCAGAGGAAGAGGCAGCAGUACGCCAAAAGCAAAAAACAAGGAGGAUCUACCAACAGCAGGCCACCCAGAGCUCUGUUCUGCCUCACCCUCAACAACCCGAUUCGCCGGGCCUGCAUCAGCCUGGUGGAGUGGAAACCAUUUGAUAUCUUUAUACUGCUGUCUAUCUUUGCCAACUGUGUGGCCUUAGCCAUCUACAUCCCCUUCCCUGGAGACGACUCCAAUUCUACCAACCAAGAACUGGAAACAGUAGAGUAUGCCUUCCUCAUCAUUUUCACUAUAGAGACAUUUCUGAAGAUUAUUGCCUACGGCCUGGUCAUGCACCAAAACUCCUAUGUCAGAAACGGCUGGAACAUGCUGGACUUUGUCAUUGUCAUUGUGGGGUUGUUCAGUGUUGUUCUUGAGAUGAUAACCAAAGACGCUGACUCUGGUGGACAGUCUGGAGGCAAACCUGGGGGGUUCGACGUCAAGGCCCUCCGAGCCUUCCGCGUGCUUCGACCCCUGCGCCUUGUCUCUGGAGUCCCCAGUUUACAAGUGGUUUUAAACUCCAUCAUUAAAGCCAUGGUUCCCCUGCUUCACAUCGCUCUGCUCGUCCUCUUCGUCAUCAUAAUCUACGCCAUCAUUGGCCUGGAACUCUUCAUCGGCAAAAUGCAUGCCACAUGCUAUGUGAUACAAACAGGUGUCCUCUCCGAAGAAGAGCCCACACCAUGUGCGGUAUCUGGGCACGGCCGUCACUGCAUGUUCAACGGUACAGUUUGCAGAGAGGGCUGGCAGGGCCCCAACAACGGCAUCACCAACUUCGACAAUUUUUUGUUUGCCAUGCUCACCGUGUUCCAGUGCAUCACCAUGGAGGGCUGGACUGACGUUCUCUACUGGAUGAAUGAUGCAAUGGGCUUUGAGCUGCCUUGGGUUUACUUUGUCAGUCUGGUCAUCUUUGGAUCGUUCUUUGUCCUCAACUUGGUCCUUGGAGUGUUAAGCGGAGAGUUUUCCAAAGAGCGAGAGAAGGCCAAGGCUCGGGGAGACUUCCAAAAGCUCCGUGAGAAGCAGCAGUUGGAGGAAGACCUAAAGGGCUACCUGGACUGGAUUACCCAGGCCGAGGACAUCGACCCUGAGAAUGAGGAAGAAGGAGACGAGGAGGGCAAGCGUAACCCGAGCAUGCCCACCAGUGAGACGGAGUCGGUGAACACAGACAAUCACAAUGGAGAGGAGGACAAAUCACCAUGUUGUGGACCACUGUGUCAAAAAAUUACUAAGUCAAAGUGCAGUCGCCAGUCGCGGCGGUGGAACCGGUUCUGCCGCAGAAAGUGUCGUGUAGCUGUGAAAUCAGUGACGUUUUAUUGGCUGGUCAUCAUCUUGGUGUUCCUCAACACUCUCACCAUCGCCUCUGAGCACUACAACCAGCCCGACUGGCUGACUGAAGUACAGGACAUAGCCAACAAGGUUCUCCUGGCGAUGUUCACAAUGGAGAUGCUGGUGAAGAUGUACAGUCUGGGGCUGCAGGCGUACUUCGUGUCCCUGUUUAACCGCUUUGACUGUUUCGUGGUGUGCGGAGGCAUCGUAGAGACCAUCCUGGUGGAGCUGGCCAUCAUGUCUCCUUUGGGCAUCUCGGUUUUCCGCUGCGUACGCCUGCUCAGGAUCUUCAAAGUUACUCGUCACUGGGCAUCUCUCAGUAACCUGGUGGCCUCUCUGCUCAACUCCAUGAAGUCCAUUGCCUCCCUGUUGCUGCUGCUCUUCCUCUUCAUCAUCAUUUUCUCCCUGCUCGGCAUGCAGCUCUUUGGGGGCAAGUUCAACUUUGACGAGACAGUGACCAAGAGGAGCACGUUUGAUAAUUUCCCCCAGGCUCUGCUCACCGUGUUCCAGAUCUUAACAGGAGAAGACUGGAACACAGUGAUGUAUGAUGGUAUCAUGGCGUACGGUGGUCCGUCCUCCUCUGGAAUGGUGGUCUGCAUUUACUUCAUCAUCCUCUUCAUCUGUGGAAACUACAUCCUACUGAACGUCUUCUUGGCCAUCGCCGUCGACAACCUGGCAGACGCAGAGAGCCUCAACACAGCACAGAAGGAGGAAGAGGAGGCCAAGAAGAGGAAGAACAGUGCCAAGGAUACAAGCACAGAGAACAAUAGAGUGGAAAUAACAGAAGCCAGUGAUGGUGAGACCAAGAUGCCAGCAGACGUCAUGCUAGAGGAAGACAAAGAGUUGUAUCCUGCCAUCGACUCGCCAGUGUGUAAAGUUGAUCAUGAUAAUGAAGACCUUCCAGAAGUGCUGCCUGGACCCCGCCCCCAGAGGCUUUCUGAACUCACUAUCAAGGAGAAGACUCCGCCCAUCCCGGAGGGCAGCGCCUUCUUCAUCUUCAGCAGCAAAAACCCGUUUCGUGUGUUCUGCCAUAAGCUGAUCAACCAUCAGAUCUUUACCAACCUCAUCCUGGUCUUCAUCAUGCUCAGCUCUGUCUCUCUAGCUGCCGAGGACCCCAUACGCAACUUCUCUGCUCGCAACAUUAUACUUGGUUAUUUUGACUAUGCUUUCACCGCAAUCUUUACUGUUGAGAUCCUGUUGAAGAUGACAGCAUUCGGAGCGUUCCUUCAUAAAGGAGCUUUCUGUAGAAACUACUUCAACCUUUUAGACCUGCUGGUCGUUGGUGUGUCUCUGGUGUCAUUCGGCAUUCAGUCCUCUGCUAUCUCCGUAGUGAAGAUUCUCCGUGUUCUCAGAGUCCUCCGUCCACUCAGGGCCAUCAACAGAGCCAAGGGACUCAAGCACGUGGUCCAGUGUGUGUUUGUGGCGAUCAGGACCAUCGGCAAUAUCAUGAUCGUCACCACCCUGCUGCAGUUUAUGUUCGCUUGUAUCGGUGUACAGCUCUUUAAGGGAAAAUUCUAUCGAUGCACAGAUGAUGCAAAGUCCAGCCCGGAGGAGUGCAAGGGUACGUACAUUCUGUACAACAAUGGGGACACAGCGAUAAACACGGCGAUGCCCAUGGUGAAGGAGAGGAUCUGGCACAACAGUGACUUCAACUUUGACAAUGUCCUCAUGGCCAUGAUGGCACUCUUCACCGUCUCCACCUUUGAAGGAUGGCCCACACUGUUGUACAAGGCCAUCGACUCCAAUAAAGAGAACAUGGGUCCCAUCUACAACUACCGCAUCGAGAUCUCCAUCUUCUUCAUCAUCUACAUCAUCAUCAUUGCCUUCUUCAUGAUGAACAUCUUUGUUGGUUUCGUUAUCGUCACCUUCCAGGAACAGGGGGAGAAGGAGUACAAGAACUGUGAGCUGGACAAGAACCAGCGUCAGUGUGUGGAAUACGCUCUUAAAGCUCGUCCUCUGCGACGCUACAUCCCCAAAAACCCGUACCAGUACAAGUUCUGGUAUGUGGUCAACUCCACUGGGUUUGAAUACGUCAUGUUUGUCCUGAUCAUCCUCAACACCUUGUGUCUGUCUAUACAGCACCAUGGUCAGUCUCAUCUUUUUAAUUACGCCAUGGACGUCCUCAACAUGGUCUUUACUGGAGUUUUCACAGUGGAGAUGAUCCUCAAGCUCAUCGCCUUCAAACCCAGAAACUAUUUUGCUGAUGCAUGGAACACGUUUGAUGCCUUAAUUGUUGUGGGUAGCGUGGUUGACAUUGCCAUCACUGAGAUCAAUUCGGCAGCCAUUCCUGUCGUCAAGGUGAUAGUGGAUCCAGGGAACACAGAGGACAGUGCUCGCAUCUCCAUCACCUUCUUCCGCCUGUUCAGAGUGAUGCGACUGGUCAAACUGCUGAGCAGAGGGGAGGGCAUCAGGACUCUGCUGUGGACAUUCAUCAAGUCUUUCCAGGCUCUUCCCUAUGUUGCACUCCUGAUCGCCAUGUUGUUCUUCAUAUAUGCUGUAAUAGGAAUGCAGGUGUUUGGUAAAAUAGCCAUGGUGGAUGGAACACAAAUCAACCGCAACAACAACUUUCAAACUUUUCCUCAAGCUGUCCUGAUGCUCUUCAGGUGUGCUACUGGUGAGGCCUGGCAGGAGAUCAUGCUGGCCUGUCUGCCUGGGAAGCUGUGUGACCCGGAGUCCGACUACAACCCCGGAGAGGAGAGAACGUGCGGCAGCGGUUUUGCCAUUAUCUACUUCAUCAGCUUCUACAUGCUCUGUGCUUUCCUGAUCAUCAAUUUAUUCGUGGCUGUCAUCAUGGAUAACUUUGAUUAUCUGACCCGUGAUUGGUCUAUUCUGGGGCCGCAUCACCUGGAUGAGUUUAAACGGAUCUGGUCUGAAUACGAUCCUGAAGCCAAGGGCAGGAUAAAGCAUCUUGACGUGGUGACUCUGCUGAGGAGGAUCCAGCCUCCACUGGGCUUUGGCAAGCUCUGCCCACACAGGGUGGCCUGUAAGCGUCUGGUGGCGAUGAACAUGCCCCUGAACAGUGACGGGACUGUCAUGUUCAACGCCACUUUGUUUGCUCUGGUCCGCACUGCUCUCAAGAUUAAGACUGAGGGAAAUCUUGAGCAAGCUAAUGAGGAGCUCAGAGCUGUGAUCAAAAAAAUCUGGAAGAGGACCAGCAUGAAGCUGCUGGACCAAGUUGUUCCCCCAGCAGGCGAUGACGAGGUAACAGUGGGGAAGUUCUAUGCCACCUUCCUGAUACAGGACUACUUCAGGAAAUUCAAGAGGCGCAAAGAGCAAGGUCUUGUAGGAAGGCCCUCGUGGGAGAGGCUGAACACCACCAUGGCUCUACAAGCCGGUCUGCGCACGCUGCAUGACAUGGGACCAGAGAUCCGUCGAGCCAUAUCAUGUGACCUGCAGGAGGAAGGGCUAGUAGAUGCUAAUGGAGAGGAAGAGGAGGAAGUCUACAGGCGUAAUGGCAGUUUGUUUGGAAACCAUGUCAACCAUGUCAGUGGCGAUCAGCACGGCUCCUCUCAGCCGACCACCGUCACGCAGCGGCCGCUCCAGAUCCUGACCUUCUCCUGCAGCUCCUCCACGGAGCCCACCCGGACUGGCAGGACAGCCGGCAGCAAUGACAGGGAGGGAGAGACAGGGAUGAACUCCUCACCCAUCCAGUACAAUCACCACUAUCAUCCCCCUCAUCCUCAUAAUUCCCCUCAUUGUAAUUCCACCCGCAAUCAAUCGCCAAUACCCUCCAAUGCCAACCUCAACAAUGCCAACGUGCCCUCGCUUCUCCCCAUGACCAGUGUGAGGCAACAGAAGUCUUUGUUAAAGCGACAGCGCCCGUCCUCCACCAAAAAUGGGUCCUCGGCAUCCACUCACAGCAAAGGAGCGCAUGACAAGACUGUGAGGUCACAAACCACAAGGACACGCUACUAUGAGGCCUACAUUAGGCCAGAAAGUGGUGGUGGACUUUACCCCACCAUUUGUCGAGAGGAGCCGGGCCGCGUGGACAGCGAUGAGGAUCGGGGCUCAGGAGAGUACUUCAGCGGAGAGGAGUUUCACGAGGACGACAUCAUGCUCACAAGAGACAGGCUCCACAACAAGGAGCAACAUGACGAUGCAGAGGCCGACUUGAAUCCCGAGGUUGCCGGGGGCAACAACCAGUCUGAUGAUCAACAGCUGAUCCACCAAGACAACAGGCGGUCACCAAGGAGAUGGUUCUUACCCUCGCCUCAAGCCUCCAACAAACCAACGUUUAGUUUUGAGUGUCUCCGCAGAAGAAGCAGUCUGGACGAUGCCCCUCAUUCUCCAUCCUGCACAGCUCUUCCACUGCACCUGGUGCAGCAGCAGGUAAUGGCGGUGGCCGGGCUUGAUCCCAGAAUUCACCGUCUGUCUCCGACCAGGUCUCUGCGAUCCUGGGCCACGCCUCCUGCUUCACCCAUCAGCCUCAACUUCUCGCCCUGCUACACGCCGCUCAUACAGGUGGACUGGCGCAGUCCUGGCAGCAUCAGCAGCCUCCCCGGAGCGGUGAAGAGGAGUUCAUGGUACACUGACGGCCUGGAUGGUCCUCCCAGUCGCAGCCAGUCCCCGUCCCGUCUGCAGUUACCUGGAGAGAGCUGCUCCAGCUUCCUGCAGAAGAGAGGCAGUGCCAACAGUCUGGUGGAGGCUGUGUUGAUCUCUGAGGGUCUGGGGAAGUACGCCAAGGACCCCAAGUUUGUCUCAGCGACCAAACACGAGAUCGCAGACGCCUGCGAGAUGACCAUCGACGAGAUGGAGAGCGCCGCCAGUAACCUCCUGAAUGGGAGUGUGAGUGAUGACACCAACGGGGGGGCGUGUAACGUCAGCUCGGACACACAAGCCACCGCACAUCUUAGAGACCACAGCCUCCGCGACUACAGCGACGAGGAGCCGUACGUGGCUGUGAAAUGUGAAGAGGACCUGAAGGACGAGAUGAUAUGCAUCACGUCGCUAUAGCAGCGGCUCACACGGGAAAAUGUAGUUUUUUCAAUUGAACAUCUACUGCUGUUUUACUCUGAGGGGACGUCUCUGUUCAAGUGCGUCCCGGACUUGACAGAAAAUGUAAAACAUGGACGAACAAGAGAACAAAGUGCCUUGUUUUCUCUUUCUGAAAAUUGAAAUGCCAGAGAGAGGAGAGGAAGUGGAAAACUGACAUGAAUUCAGAAAAUAGUGAAACCGGCGGGAAUCAAACUACCUGCCGGGCCCCGCCUCUUAAACAGCAAGAGUUCAUGCCUCUCUUUUCUUUUCAAAGCAGCAGGACAACUCGGCAGCCUCGCAAAGCCAGCCCCAUGCGUGUCAAGUUAGAUUUCACAACAACAGUCACAGAGUCCAGCAGCUGUAAUCUACGGGGAUGAGAUUUGAAACAAUAACUGAGCCUAAAUGUCAAACUUUUAGCUUCAGGUGGAGGGUGUAGCCAAAGAUGUUUAGUGAACAGUGUCUGGAUACUGCGCCUGUUAUUGUUCUGCUGCGAGUCUGUGACUCCCACAAAGCUUACUCAGUACCCAAUGAGGCAAUAAAACAGAUGGUUAGGGUUAGUGUCAGGGCUCUGAGCACUUGUGUGAAAUUAGAAUUAAUCAGAAACAGAUUUUUUACCCAAAUGAACAGUUCAGACCACCUAGCUCUCCAGUUGGGAUGUUAGAAGCAAACACCAGUAACAAUGAGUGGCCUGAAGGGAAAAGGCUUGAGCUGGCUUUGCCAAGCUGCAGUGGUCCUGCUCCAAAAUGGCCGUUCGGGGAUUCCCAGAUUCCCAUUUGUUUCACUUCAUGUAUAUAUUAUGUGUGAUUCUAACCUUUCACUGGUCGCAGUAACAGACACAGUUUUUGAUCUGCUGCUCUGUCUUUUACAGUUUGGCCUCCACGACUCAGAUGGCGUCAUAAAAACAUAUAAAGUCCAUAUUUAUAUGUCGGUUUAUUUUCAUCUCAGAGCAGAGUGGCUGCAGAUCAGGCCGAUCCAAAGACUUUCCAGCCUGUGAAUCCGCUUUUCACACUUUUUUUCAGGGUUUCAGGGUUAAACGUUGCUCGACUCUGUUUUUCUGACUUGAAAAGGAAAUCACAUAUCAACGACAAAGACUCUGUCCUCAGGCAUAUCCUUCUGUUUCACGUGCACGCUCAUAAGACACACUGCCAAUCCUUUCCCCCUUUGAUACCAACAACACUGAUGCUAAAUCUUUACACACUUUACAUUUUUAACAUUCCUACUCCUUUAACCACCAUGAAACAAAAACAGCCGAAGAUGUUGUUACAAUGUCAUUAACUUUAUUGAAAACCAUGAGGAGCGACCUCACUCUUACCUUUCUGAGAUUGACAACUACAUGAAUAUGGAGGGCUACUUGUUAUAUAUAAUGUCCCACAAUAAUAGCUUUUAACCUAAACCAGUGCGCUGUGGUUGUGUAAAGCUCGUCACCUUCAAACUGUAGAUAUUUCAAACUCACUUUUCUGUGUUUGUUAAUCAGGUUUUUUAUUAAGAACUAAAUUGGCCUUUUACCUUUUACUUUUAACCACACAAACACAGACAGUGUUGUUGUGAGCUCGACUCGCCUCCAGCUAUUUGGCAGACAGCCACUGGCAAGUGAUGUCACGUCAAGCUAAAUCGAAGUUAAAUGUUAUAAAUCAUCAAUUAAUACAACUUUUUAAAAGGAGUUAUUAAGAAUGGAUGGGACCCAAAACAAAUUAUGCUAUUUUAGUCUGUGCUCUCCUGGUGAUGCUAUUUUUAGAACUGCCUAGCGUCACACACACAAGAUGACACAGAGGAAAAUCUCCCGUCUUGGCUGCAAAACAACAGUAUCAUCUGAAGUCAGUCCAGAUUGACUUCUGCCUCGGGGCUGAUACAGAACAGAUGACACAGGGAUUCCCCCUCUUUGUCACAAAAGAACAGAAUCAUCUGACGUCAGUCCUGAGUCACUUCCACCUCCACAGCUGGAAAGUUUAUCGCCCAUGAAUUGGUUUCCUCUUCUGAGCAGCCAUGAGAGUUUUCUCAGACAAGUGGGCACUUGUUUCAGGAUGAGCCAGACGCACAACGCAACACUGACACAUGAAACAUCCCAACAGACAGGAAAACCAUAUACAUUUUAUUAAUUUACCAACAAUAUAUAAAUGCAGUACACUGUUUAUGGGUGUGUAGAGUGUUUUCUUUUAAUUUAUUUUUUAAUGAAAUGACUGAUGGUGCCACAUUUUAUUUGUAGUAUUCCUUUUUGUUCUGGCCGAGUUAGAGUGCACGAGAUGUCCGAAACAGCUGCUUCUCUGAAGAGAGAUGCGACGACACAAGCUGCUCGUGGAGAGAAACAAACAGAUCAACACUUUAGAGAAGCAACACAUUCCACCCGCCGCUCUGCACGGUCGCUCCACCACAGGACAGUGUUUGUGAACCAUUGCCACCGAUAACAAUGUCUUCAGGUCAACUUUUAAAAGCCAGCGCUGGGUUGAGGCAGAGCGAUCGUGCUUCUCUCUUGUUUUUUCCCCCUUUAUCUACACACUGUUGUCAUGGCGACAAGUUCAAUCUGUGCAAUCAAAGGGCUCCUUCAAAGUAAAAGCAAACCAGCGGAAUAUUGAGUCAUUUACACGCACAUCUAGAUUCAAAAGCAGAAAGUUUGCUGUUGAUAUGUUGAUAUAAACUGAUGAAUCUAACCUGGAACAGGAUCUGAGCUGGUUUCUCAAACACUCCUCACAUGUACUGUAAAUAAAUCCCUUUCUACUGCUUUCAUCACAGGUUUUAAUGGCCAACACUAAAUAAGACUUAUGCAUUAUCUAACUGCAUGUAAAAUAUGUUUAAUUGAGAUUUAAAAAAAAUAUUAAUGUUAUUACCUCUGCACCAAUCCAGGUGUGUUGGUCAACGUGUCAGGGAAACGGUGAGGUAAUGGCUGCAUUUACACAAAAUGAAGGAAACAUUAAUUGUUUCAUUAAAGAUUUCAAACAUUUUAGCUGCAAUCUUCUCGGAUUGGCCACCUCAGAUAUGUGUGGGAAACAGACUCAGACUUCUGAAAUCUCUCAACACAAGUUAAGAGGAACACAGAGCAGCAUCUGGAGUUUACAACCUGUCACUGUUUCCUCUGAACAACACUCCCCUGCUUGUCAGUCGGACAUGUUUGUCCUCAGAACGGCACAGACCUCCGGACAGGGCCCAACAACAUUAGUGUCUGCUUCUUUAAGCAGAAACAUAAAAGAAAAAAGGAUGUGGUCAGAUUUUUAAUUGUCGCCACAAAACAGGCCUAAAGAUAGAGGGGAAACGUUUUGGGGAAAUCUGUUUCGUAUUUAUUUAUUUUGUAUCCUGCUGACAAAUACACAAAGAAACACAGUGACAACCUUGAAUCCUUGGUGGAGGUAAUAACAAGUUAACUGCCAGGUGUUCCAUUAAAUAUUAGUGUUUCAAUGUUAUCGCUAAUUGUUUUCUUGUAAACAUCACUAUUUGAAUAAAAUCUAAAUUGCCAGGCCGAUAUAAACAAAUAUCACAGUUCACAUGUCAGGAACUCAGAGAAACCAGAAUAAUAAAGUGCAGUUUACUCACACUACAACUACACACAAACGCACGCACACACACACACAAUCACACAAACAUACACAUACAUUUGUCCAACUUCAAGACUUUUAUCACAUGACAAAAAACACAAAAUCUUGUUGUGCAACUGACAGCUUUAUUUUUUUGUACUGCUCGAAUCUUUCGCAGAUGAUUAUGACACGACAACGAUGAUGUGUAAAAUCUGUACAGUUGUUUGUAAAAAGUCAGUGAUGAACUUGAAGAUUUCUGCUUUCUACCCAAUUGUUGUAUGAAAAUUAAAAAACAAUCAUAGCUCUGUCUACUUUGUAGCAAACGUACUCGUACCUUUUGUACCAAUGUAAACACAAACCCAGUUUUGUACGUUUUACUUCUUGCCUGAAAUGACAAUGAACCUGUCGAGGAUUUUUUAAGGACUAAAUAAAGUCUGAAUGAAAUGAGGACAAAGUCAGGACGUCUGCUUACAGUACAAACCACACACAAAAAAACAUGCAAACAUAAUACCUUUGUGAAUUUUCACAAUUAACUUCCCUCUGUGAUCCUUCAUUUAUACACAUUUUUGUGUUAAUACAAUACACAACUUAAUACAAAAUCAACUUUGUGCAACACUAUAUAAUGUAAACAAUUAUCGUCAGUUAGAUUCUUCAUAGUGUAGUGCAAAGCUUAAUAAGACUAUUAGACAUUAUUUGAACACAUUGCUGUUUCCUUCAGAGCAGACAUCAUAAAACAUGCAUUUAAUACCUCAUGUAUGAAUUAAGAUUUUCAGUGAAGCUGAUUGUAGAACUUGAUCCAAACUAGUUAUAACACCACUGUAUAGAUAUGGUCACAUCUUAUAGGCUGCUGUGGUGUUUCAUUUUAUCUGGUCAGUUCAACACAAUCAAGCUUCUUUGUAAACAUAGAAAUAAAUGUGCAAUUAUUUUUUCCCCCUACUUUUUAGUUAAAGUUUUUAGUGUAUUUGUUACAUAUAGAGAGUUUGAACACAAUAUCUAUAUAAGCAGGAUUUCAUAUAUUCGGAGAUAUCAUUUGAAUUUAUUGCUACUGCAGCAGACUGAACCAAAAAGCAGCUAAAA